GGUCAGCGACUUUUUGAAAAAUUGCUUGAACUGGCAUCCCAAAAUAUUGAGAUCAAACUAGUGAGUGAUAUUCUGCCCGUGGAAUCAAAGGUAUUAAACGACUUGAAAAGAAAGGGUGCAGAAGUGUUGUAUAUGAACAUGUCAGCCUAUAACGAGGGUCGGCUUCAGUCAUCUUUCUGGAUUGUGGACAAACAGCACGUAUACAUCGGAAGUGCCAGCCUAGAUUGGAGAUCACUGGGACAGAUGAAGGAACUUGGCGUCAUCGUAUACAACUGUAGCUGCCUGGUCCUGGAUUUACAAAGGAUAUUUGCCCUGUAUAGCUCAUUAAGAUACAAGAAUAAAAUACCUCCGAGUUGGUCUAAGAGGCUGUAUGGAGUGUACGAUACUCAAAAUAAACUAACACUGCAGUUGAACGAGACAAAAUCAGAAGCUUUUGUGUCGAAUUCACCUAAACUCUUCUGCCCAAAGGACAGAGUCCUGGAUAUUGAAGCUAUAUACAGUGUUAUCGAUGAUGCAAAACAGUUUGUAUACAUAGCUGUCAUGGACUAUUUGCCGAUUGUCAUUGACACCAAUGCUAAACGGUACUGGCCAUAUUUAGAUGGGAAGAUAAGAGAAGCAUUAGUUUUACGAAGUAUUAAAGUACGACUUCUCAUAAGUUUCUCAAGAGACACAGAUCCCCUUACUUUUAACUUUGUUUCAUCUCUGAAAGCUAUUUGCACUGAAGUUCCAAGCUGCAGUCUGAAAGUUAAAUUCUUUGACCUUGAGGAAGAGAGUGCAUGCUUUCUUAAAGAACAGAAGAACACUUCCCUUCCCAAAUUAAACCGUAACAAAUAUAUGGUGACUGAUGGAGCUGCAUACAUUGGUAAUUUUGAUUGGGUAGGAAAUGCUUUUACGCAGAAUGCUGGAGCUGGCCUUGUUAUCAACCAAGCAGACACGGGGAACAGCACAAGCAUCAUUAAGCAACUCAAGGCUGUUUUUGAAAGGGACUGGUAUUCACAUUAUGCCAAAAGUUUACAACCAACAAAAAUCCCAAACUGCUUUAAUCACAAACUUAAUAAAGGAACUUCAAAUAAGACUGCCAUGAGCAAUGUGAAUUAGAAAGACUAUUUUACUGUUUAGUAUGGCAAUGAAGAAUUACGUUGGGGUGUAGCCCUCUUUCAUAUUUACAGACAAAGACUUAAAGAAAA